GAAGGCAGUGGGGAUCAGUGAGAGCGAUCGAGCGAGAGCGGCGACGAUGCCCUGGAAAACCCGCUCUUUGCUGCCCAUAGCAUGGCUCUUUCUCGUCGCUUUCCCGCCGCGGGUUACCGCUUGCCCGAGCCGCUGCCUUUGCUUCCGCACCACGGUGAGGUGCAUGCAUUUAAUGCUGGAGAAUAUACCUGCUGUCUCCCUGCAAACCACCAUCCUGGAUUUGCGAUUCAAUAAAAUCAAAGAUAUUCCAUUCGGAGCCUUCAGGCGUUUGAAGCACCUCAACACACUACUGUUAAAUAACAACCAAAUAAGGAGAAUUCCCAGGGGUGCAUUUGAAGACUUGGAGAAUUUAAAAUAUCUCUAUUUGUACAAGAAUGAAAUCCAAUCACUUGACAGGCAAGCAUUUAAGGGACUUGUCUCUCUAGAACAACUGUAUCUCCACUUCAAUCAAAUAGAAUCUUUAGAACCAGAAUCCUUCAGUGACCUUCCAAAGCUUGAAAGGCUUUUUUUGCACAACAAUAGAUUGUCGCAGAUAUUGCCAGGAACAUUCAGUCAGUUGGAGUCCAUGAAAAGACUGAGAUUGGACUCAAAUAGCCUGAAUUGUAACUGUGACCUAAUGUGGUUGGCUGAGAUGCUACAGGAGUAUGCAGAAUCAGGUAACACACAAGCAGCAGCUACCUGCGAGUAUCCCAAAAGGCUGCAGGGAAGAUCCGUUGCCACAGUUACACCAGAGGAAUUUAACUGUGAGAAACCACGAAUAACAACACAGCCACAGGAUGCAGAUGUAACAUCUGGGAACACUGUGUACUUUACCUGCCGAGCUGAGGGAAAUCCGAAGCCUGAAAUAAUUUGGCUUCGUAACAAUAAUGCAUUAGAUAUGAAGUAUAACCCACGCUUAAAUCUAUUGGAUGAUGGCACUUUAAUGAUUCAGAAUACUCAAGAAGAUGACCAAGGUGUUUACCAGUGCAUGGCCAAAAACAUAGCAGGGGAAGUGAAGACCCCUGAAGUCAUUCUUCGGUACUUUGAGAUACCAGCUCGGCCUGCUUUUGUAAUUCAGCCACAAAACACCGAGGUCUUGGUCGGUGAGAGUGUCACGUUGGAGUGCAGUGCAACUGGAAACCCUCAGCCACGGAUCACCUGGAUGAGAAGUGAUGGGUCUCCUUUGCCCAAUGACCCUCGAUAUACUAUAACUUCCUCAGGAGGACUCUAUAUACAGAAUGUAGCGCAAACAGAUGGUGGCCAGUAUACCUGUCUUGCAAAUAAUAAUCAAGACUCCAUUCAAGCAAAUGCAUUCAUAAUUAUUAAAGCGCCACCUCAGUUUAUAGUCUUGCCUGAAGAUCGAGCAGUUGUGGAGGGACAAGGUGUAGAGUUCCACUGUGAGGCAGAGGGCAAUCCUCCACCAACCAUAGCAUGGACUAAAGGAGGCAGUCCACUUCCUGGAGACCGGCGGCUUGUUAUCCUAUCUACAGGAUCACUGAGGAUUUCCAGAGUAGCCCUUCACGAUCAGGGCCAGUAUGAAUGCCAGGCUGAUAAUAUUGUUGGUGCCCGUCGAGUUGCUGUCCAGCUCACUGUACAGCGCCGAGUAUCGCUGGUCUUUACAAACACACCAGCUGACCUGACGGUUGCAGCUGGAACAGAUGUGCGGAUUCCCUGCAGCGCUCGAGGGGACCCUGAACCUACUGUAACUUGGAGUAAGGAUGGAAUUCAGAUAACAGAGAGUGGAAAAUUUCAUAUUGGCUCUGAGGGAUUUCUUUCAAUUCGUGAUGUUGGAUCAGCGGACGGAGGGCAGUAUGAAUGUAUUGCCAGGAACAGCAUUGAUCACUCUGUCGCUAGCAUGGUGCUGACUGUGGUUGUCCCUGACAUUGUUAGAAGUGGCGACACUUUUGUGGAGUCCUCAAUCAAGGAAGCUAUUCAGAGUGUUGACAGUGCCAUCAACUCCACCCGCAAUAAUUUAUUUGGAAGCCGACCUCAAACUCCAAACGAACUGCUUGCCUUGUUCCGCUACCCACGACUGCCAAUUGUUUUUGAUCUUGCACGAGCGGGGGAAAUUUUUGAACGGACACUGCAGCUCAUUCAGGAACAUGUAAAUCGCGGGCUGAUGGUUGAUCUGAACGGAACAGGUUUUCGCUAUAAUGACCUUUUGUCUCCAAGGUUCCUGAGCCUAAUUGCGAAUCUGUCUGGCUGCACAGCCCACCGUCGAAUCAAUAACUGUUCCGAUAUUUGUUUUCAUCAGAAGUACCGAUCUCACGAUGGAACGUGCAACAAUCUCCAGCAUCCCAUGUGGGGGGCUUCCCUUACAGCUUUUGAGCGCCUUCUGAAGCCAGUCUAUGAAAACGGGUUUAAUUUGCCAAGAGGAAUUAAUCGAGACCGCUUUUACAAUGGGUUUCCUCUCCCUCUACCUCGCCUCAUUUCAACCUCUCUGGUAGGCACUGAGACCAUUACACCUGAUGACCAAUACACACACAUGUUGAUGCAGUGGGGUCAGUUCCUUGAUCAUGAUAUUGAUUUGACUGUUGCAGCACUAAGUCUUUCCAGGUUUUCAGAUGGUCAGCACUGUAGUUCUGUCUGCACAAAUGAUCCACCGUGCUUUCCCAUCUUGAUUCCUCAAAAUGACCCCAGAGUGCGUAAUGGAGCUCGAUGCAUGUUUUUUGUGAGGUCUAGCCCUGUCUGUGGAAGUGGGAUGACAUCUUUGUUAAUGGAGUCUGUGUAUCCACGGGAACAGAUCAAUCAGUUGACUUCUUUUAUUGAUGCAUCCAAUGUAUAUGGGAGCUCAGAUCAGGAAGCUGAAGAAAUCCGGGACUUGGCCAGCCAACGAGGCCUAUUGAAGCAAGGGAUCGCACAUCGAUUAGGGAAACCACUUUUACCAUUUGCUACUGGUCCACCUACUGAAUGUAUGAGAGAUGAAAAUGAAAGUCCCAUUCCUUGCUUCCUGGCUGGAGAUCAUCGUUCCAAUGAACACAUGGGUUUAACCAGCAUGCACACAGUCUGGUUUAGAGAACACAACCGAAUUGCCACUGAGCUCCUAAAAUUGAAUCCUCAUUGGGACGGUGAAACUAUUUACCAUGAAGCUCGUAAAAUAGUUGGUGCCCAGAUGCAGCACAUAACCUAUAGUCAUUGGCUACCCAAGAUUCUUGGUGACGUUGGAAUGAGAAUGCUUGGGGACUACAAAGGGUACGAUCCUAAUGUUAAUGCAGGAAUAGUGAAUGUGUUUGCUACUGCAGCCUUUAGAUUUGGGCACACACUUAUUAACCCUAUUCUCUACCGACUGGAUGAUACAUUUCAGCCCAUUCCUCAGGGCCACCUUCCUCUUCACAAAGCGUUUUUCUCUCCAUUCCGUAUAGUGAAUGAGGGUGGCAUUGACCCAUUGCUGCGAGGGUUGUUUGCUGUUCCAGGAAAGAUGCGGGUCCCCACGGAGCUGGUCAAUACAGAACUAACAGAGCGCCUUUUCUCCAUGGCACAUGCAGUGGCACUGGAUUUAGCUGCUAUGAACAUUCAGAGAGGUAGAGACCAUGGAAUACCUCCUUACAAUGAUUACAGAGUCUACUGCAAUCUAACCUCGGCUCAGGAAUUUGAAGACCUAAAAAAUGAAAUUAAGAAUCCACGAAUUAGAGAAAAGCUCAGGAAUUUAUACGGUACCCCGUUGAACAUAGACUUAUUCCCCGCAUUAAUGGUGGAAGACCUGACACCAGGAACCAGAUUGGGACCAACUCUUCUGUGCUUAUUGUCCACUCAAUUUAAACGCCUCCGAGAUGGUGACAGGUUUUGGUAUGCAAAUCCUGGGGUGUUCACUCCAGCCCAGCUGACUCAGAUCAAGCAGACUUCCCUUGGCCGAGUGCUGUGUGACAAUGGAGACAACAUCACUAGGAUCCAGACUGAUGUGUUCAGGGUGGCAGAAUAUCCUCAUGGUUAUCAGAGUUGUGCGGACAUACCAAAAAUGGACUUGAGGAUGUGGCAAGACUGCUGUGAAGAUUGCAGAACCAGAGGACAAUUCAAUGCACUGUCACACCAUUUCCGUGGCAAACGUUCACCUAAAUACAGCUUCCAUGAUGAAUCACCAUUAAGGAAAAUGAGAAUCCCAACACGUUCCAGUUCUCUGUCGAAUGCAUUUCAUGCUGACAAUCUAACUUUGACAUUGAAAGCCGCUUCUGUAAAAGCUGAUGACAGCACAAAUGAUUUCCAGAGUUUUGUGACUGACAUACAGAAGACCAUCACGGGUCUUCAAAAUCAGAUUAAAAAACUUGAAGCACGUCUCAGUAAAUCUAGUUGCACUGAUGCAAAAGCAAGAGAGCGAUCCAGUGAUGAGGAGUGGAAGGAAGACUCCUGCACCACCUGCAAAUGCAAGGAAGGACAGCUUACCUGCUUUGUUGAAACAUGUCCACCAGCCAGUUGUGUUAAUCCUGUACAGAUGGAGGGAGUUUGCUGUCCGGUCUGCGCAAAACAAGCCUUGAGACAAGAUGAGAAGUCCUAAACUCUCACUGCAGAACUGAAGGGGAUAUACGGUCCUUUAUAUUCUCCAAUGAGUUGUGACGUCUGGAUGUCAGUGUGAAUACUGUGUGCUUUCAAAACUACCCAUGAGUAUUCAGUCAAAAAUGGAAAGAAAACAUCAAUUUGAAGAAAUCCUGAGAAAUAUUAAACAAAAGUGCUCGAAUGCAUGCUUCAUGUUAACUGGUUAUAAAUCAGUAACGUAGUUAAACAUUAUAUGUGCAUGUACCGUGUAUGUACUGUCAAAGAGAACCACAAUGCAAAAGUAUUGAAAGGGAAGUAGUAUGUUAUCUAUGACAGGGUGAUUUCAAUUUGUCUGCCAUGUUUUCUUAGUAAGAAGCUUCUCAGGUUCAAAAUGCCAAAAUGAAAGUGGUGCUACAUGUAUCAUCUUGUAUAUGAUAUUAUAGUGAAUAGCAGGAGCUAACAUACCAUAACAUUUCCAGACUCCUUUAUUUGCUUCAAAGCAAAAUCUAUCUCAAGAACUCCUCUAGUUCAGCAUACAUAUGUUCAUAUGUCUUUGCUUUUUGAAUGAGUGUGAAAAAUAGUUUGAGGAGGAAUAAAAACACUAAAGCAGUGUUUUUUUUAUAAAUAUAUAUAUUAUUUUUUACUCUGUUAUAGAGUCCCAGGUGUUUUGUGUGCUAGAAAUCCUAAAGUCUUUCACCCUUCCAAGGUGUUGAGACUUGUAGGCUGUUCUUUUAGUUACUGUGGCUCUGCUCGGAAAUAAUGUGAAGAUGUAUUUGUACUUAUCGGACAUUUGGUACAUAGAUGCCUACUAAUUUGCAGGUUGGUGUACAUACUACAUUGAAAAAGUGCUUGUGGUUUUUCACUAAUUGGCACUGUAUGUCAGCGUUCUCACACAAUGGGUAAGAUUUUUUUAAAUCAAUCUAGAUUAGAACAUUUAAAGAGGUUUUUUUUAAGUUUUUGUGGCCUGGCUACUGAAUUUUCAGCUCUAACCAUUACACCUUGGAUUUAUGGCAUUUUGCACUUCCUGAAUUUUUUUUGGAUAACGUUUUAUGUACUGGUAGUUUUUUUUACAUUGUUGGAAUUUGUUACUGUAUACAGGCAUAAGAAAUGGGGAGGGGGAUGGGAGGGCAGGGUAUAAAAGGGGCUUCUUACUCCCUGAUUAUUUACUGAAAAGCUGUGCUAACCAAUGAAACAGUAUUAAAUACCAUCUAAUAUUUCUAAUCAUUGUUUCUUUAUUGUUGGGAAGAAAUUUUAUUUAUUUACUCAGUCGGAUGUGAAUUGGUCACUUUUAUUCAUCAAUGAAGGAUAUGUAAUAGUUUUUAAAGUAAAAGUAGUCAUACCUCAACCUUUUCACUCAAGGUGCUAAUUGAUUUAAAAGCAACAUUAUAAAGUUACUUUAAAAGAAAAAGUAGCCAUAUUUGCAAUAUGCCAAAACGUGUCAUAAAUUUAUUAACAUGGACCCCCUUUUUAAGUUAUUGUAAUACUGAAAAGAUUUGGGGUAGAAAAAAAUCAGUGCUUCACAGCAGCAACAAAAUCUCAUGUGAUUUAAUGUUUUUUUGUAGGAUCUCUUGGUAAAAACAUACCAGCUAUUUACAGGAAAAGUUAAUUUUCAUGACUUUCAAUGUUAAGGUAGUCUUUUCCAGAGCUUCUCGGGUAUAAAGGAACAAUGUAGUAUUAUGGAAAAUAUUAGCUGUCAUUUCUGCUCAAAGAAAAUGUGCCUGGGUUUCAUUUAUGUUUGGAAAUCUGUUGUAUUUUUGUUUUGGGAAAAUGCAAAGAGCUGGUGAAAGCUUCACAGGCCAAGUGGCAUCUCCAGUGCUGUAUGAUUCUUUGCAGGCUAUGAUACUGAUUAAUUAAUUGUUCUGUUCGAACAAUGCAAGGCAUUUCUGCUGCUUUGGUAUUAUUUUCCAUUUCUCCUAACAGCAGUGCUGAUUAGUUUUUAUACUGAACAUUGUCCGUGUUGAAUUUGUUCACACUGUCCUUAUGCUGAAAGUCUUAAUAGCCAUAUUAGUUUAAUGAGACAGAACAGGAGAACAGCCUAUGCUCUUUACAUAGCAUAAAAUAAUAAAUUUACCAAAGAGAUGUUUGCACUGUGUAAUACUUUUGUACGAACCAAA